AUGAAGCUUCCACAAUGCCAACUGUGGCUGUCCGUGUUGCUAGCUUUCACCUUGUGCAACUUUGUUGUGGGAAGACUGGGUGAUUCUCCCAUGCUGCCGCCUCCUCUUCAUCAGGCCACAUUAUUUAAUCGGCGAUAUAGUGCAGGAUCAGCCAGUCGAAGAAAGGACCGUCAAAAGAGCCGAAAACUAGGGAUGACGUCCAAGAGUAAGAAAAGCAGUGGCAUGAACAGCAAAUCCCAGCCGACACAUUCCGUGACUCGGCCCCCUAAUAGACCCUCGCCAGGGCCAACAAAGCAACCAACGCAUGCAGUCACCCGACCUCCCAAUAGGCCCUCACCGGAACCAACUGCAUCAACUACGACAACUAAUCCUGGGACCCAAGUACCAUCCGGAGCAACAACGACAGUUAGCCCAACAGGAUCUACGCCACAACCAACUCCAGCCACUACAACGGCUAAUCCUGGGACUCAAGUGCCAUCAGCAGGAACAACGACAGCUAGUCCUACUGGGUCCACACCCCAACCAACUCCAGCCACUACCACCACUAAUCCUGGGACUCAAGUUCCUUCGGCAUCAACAACGACAGGUAACCCAACUGGAUCUACUCCACAACCAACUCCAGCUACUACCACUCCUCAGCCCACCGCCUCAACCCCACAACCGACAGCAUCCACUCCACAACCCACUGCAUCCACUCCUCUACCCACUGCCUCGACGCCACAACCCACAGCAUCCACUCCUCUACCCACAGCAUCCACUCCCCAGCCCACAGCAUCCACUCCUCAGCCUACCAUCGCCACCCCUCCACCAUCGGUUGCAACCCCACAGCCGACAACUGGAUCCACUACACCAGGGACACCAGUGACUCCAUCACCAACUCGGGCUCCCACGUGCGACGAUAAUCCCAUGGACUACAAUGUACUGAUAGACCUACAGAUCCAGUAUCCCAAUGAUCAGGCUGUAGAGUGUACCAGUGAACAAGACAGCGCCAUUAGUAUCAGCAUUGCCAAUGCUCUCAAUGACAACUUUCCCACCACCGUCCCGGAUUGGGAUGGGGAUGCCUACUUUAGCGACUUUGUCUUUGAUCCUGCGCAACAAGUGGACAAUGUGGCUCGUCGAAGGUUGCUGACGGCCACGAGUAGUCGCAUGCUGCCAAGUGGCGGUCGCAUCCUGCAACAAGGCACGUGCUCCAGUCGUGACGGUAUUGGUUGCUCCGGAGAUCGAUGCCGCUGGGGUUGUCUACCGGCUGCCACUACGGAUUGCGGUGUCUCUGCACUGACCAAUUGGUGGUUACUUGGAGAGGAUAUCAAGGCGAGUCUGGGAGCACUGGGCUAUCCGUGUCUGGGAGAUCCCGCUCUACUAGAUGUGAUUCUGAUUGUGGAAGAUCCCGAAUUGGCAACCGGUCGAGCGUUCCGUCCGGACGAGGAGGAUGUCCCAUCCGUCAAGAAGAAUCCCAAUGAAAUGUUGCUCCACAGCCAACAAUGCCAGGACGAAGCGGAUGAAGCCCAGGCGGAUACACCGUCUCGCACCAUUCGUGUCAAGUCCGAGUUGGACUUUGAAUUCUUCAAUGGCACUGCCGCGGCACCGAGCAACGAAGAAUUGGUGGGUCUGAAAUGUGUCAUUAAACUGUUCUUUGCGGAGGAAUUCCAAAAGUCGAAUCCGGACUUUGUGGGCUUUGACGUGGCGACUCCUAGUCACAAGUUCAAGAGAGACCAUGGCGCCAAUACGGAUACCUUUGAGUACGACUUUAUCGCCGUGGUGGAUUUACUGAAAGCGUCCAAGUUAACACCCAAGCAUAUCGCCGAGACCAUGGCAAUGAAGGACUUUGACAAAUUCAUUCAGAACUAUGUUUGGAAUGCGCCUCCGUUUGAACGCAACGAGUUCUAUGACACGCAGUGGGUCCGGUUCACAGCCAAAGGAGCGCAGGGUUAGGGUGAUGAUUUGAUUACUUGAUUGCUUGGUCGAAGAGCGUAGCUACCAUGCCAUUGUAGCUCAGCACACACCACAUAACUACUAGCUAGUAAGAUAGUAAAAAGUACAUGACAAAUCUC